AAAUGCGUCACAGGGGCGGGCGGCGGCGGCAGCGGGUCGCGUCGGGGGCGCCUCCGGCGGACGGGGAAGGCGCCGCGCGGGGAGGCCGUGCCUGCCGGGGUCCUCGGGGACCCGCGGAGAGCUGGGGCCAGGGCGGCGGCGGCCUGGGACGCAGGCGGAGCCCCGCGCCGGCCCAAGGUCCCGGCUAUGGCCGCGGCCACCAUCGUCCACGACACGUCUGAGGCGGUGGAGCUGUGCCCGACCUACGGCCUGUACCUGAAGCCCAUCACCAAGAUGACCAUCAGCGUGGCGCUGCCGCAGCUGAAGCAGCCGGGCAAGUCCAUCUCCAACUGGGAGGUGAUGGAGCGGCUGAAGGGCAUGGUGCACAACCACCAGUUCUCCACGCUGCGCAUCUCCAAGAGCACCAUGGACUUCAUCCGCUUCGAGGGCGAGGUGGAGAACAAGAGCCUGGUCAAGGCCUUCCUGGCCUGCCUGGACGGCAAGACCAUCAAGCUCAGCGGCUUCUCCGACAUCCUCAAGGUGCGCGCGGCCGAGUUCAAGAUCGACUUCCCCACCCGCCACGACUGGGACUCCUUCUUCCGAGACGCCAAGGACAUGAACGAGACGCUGCCCGGGGAGCGGCCCGACACCAUCCACCUGGAGGGGCUGCCCUGCAAGUGGUUCGCGCUGAAGGAGUCGGGCUCCGAGAAGCCCAGCGAGGAGGUGCUGGUCAGGGUGUUCGAGCGCUUCGGGGAGGUCCGCAACGUGGACAUCCCCAUGCUGGACCCCUACCGCGAGGAGAUGACGGGCCGCAACUUCCACACCUUCAGCUUCGGGGGCCACCUGAACUUCGAGGCCUACGUGCAGUACCGCGAGUACGUGGGCUUCAUCCAGGCCAUGAGCGCCCUGCGCGGCAUGAAGCUCAUGUACAAGGGCGAGGACGGCAAGGCCGUGGCCUGCAACAUCAAGGUUUCUUUCGAUUCCACCAAACACCUGAGCGAUGCCUCCAUCAAGAAGCGGCAGCUGGAGCGGCAGAAGCUUCAGGAGUUGGAGCAGCAGCGGGAGGAGCAGAAGCGCCGGGAGAAGGAGGCGGAGGAGAGGCAGAGGGCCGAGGAGAGGAAGCAGAAGGAGCUGGAGGAGCUGGAGCGGGAGCGGAAGCGGGAGGAGAAGCUGCGCCGGCGCGAGCAGAAGCAGAGAGACCGCGAGCUGCGGCGCAGCCAGAAGAAGCUGGAGAAGCUGCAGGCCGAGGAGCAGCGGAAGCUGCAGGAGAAGAUCCGGCUGGAGGAGCGCAAGCUGCUGCUGGCCCAGCGCAACCUGCAGUCCAUCCGGCUCAUCGCGGAGCUGCUGAGCCGCGCCAAGGCGCUGAAGCUGCAGCAGCAGGAGCAGAAGGCGGAGACGCAGCGGCUGCAGCAGCUGGAAGAACGGCGGCGGCUGCAGGAGGCAGAGCUGCGGCGCGUGGAGGAGGAGAAGGAGCGCGCCCUGGGGCUGCAGCGCAAGGAGCGGGAGCUGCGCCAGCGCCUGCUCAGCAUCCUGCUGGGCAAGAAGGCCGACGACCCCCGCGGCCCCGACGAGCCGGGGGUCUCGCGCGCGGCCCUGCUGCAGCCUGUGCUGGCCAUGCUGCACACGGUGUCGGCCGGCUGCGUGGGCGCGGGUGCCGCUGCACUGCAGCCCCCCGCCGGCCCGGCGCCCGGCGCCCCCAGGGAGACCCCGCCCCAGCCGGCGGCCGACGGUCGGCCGGCGGCCGACGGUGGCCCCCAGAACGUGAACGGGAGCGUCGUGGAGGAGGCCUUGGGCGCGGAGAGCCAGCAUCCUCGCCUGGCGGCCCCCGACGACAACCCCCCCGAGAAAAGGUGCCCCGGCGUCCUGGCCUGCAUCCCCGACAACAGCCAGCAGCCCCGGGGGGCGCCCGCCGCCUGCGACCAGAGCGCGCCCCGGAAGGACGUCCGCUCCGAGCAGGACAAGUGCAACCGCGAGCCCAGCGGCGGCCGGGGCCGGGCCAGCGCGGAGCGCAGCGGCGACGACCGGCAGGCGCGGGCCAGGAGCCGGACGCGGCGCGCCGCCAGCCGGGAGGACGGCCGGCCGCGGAAGGAGCGGCGGCCGCACAAGAAGCGCUCGCACCAGGACGGCAGCCCGCACCGGCGCAGCGCCAGCUCCGAGCGGGGCCGCUCGCGCAGGUCCCACAGCAGAGACCGGCACGGCCGGCGGGAGCGCAGCCGGGACCGCAGGGGCAGCUCCAGCCGGAAGCGCAGCCGCCACCGCCGCACCGAGAGGUCGCGCUCCGGGUCCCCCAGCCAGCACCGCAGCGCCUGGAACAGGUAAUGCAGGGCGGGCCCAGGCCGCCGCCCUCGGGGAGGCCCGGGACCCAGGGAGCGGCGUCGCGCUGCUGCUGCUCUGCUCGUCCCCACCCAGCACACCCGGGAGCCACCGGGCGACCGGCAGCUGCCAGGCUCCUUU